GGCCUGCGCUUGCGCAAGCUUUCCUACGCUAACACGAGGAGACAUGGAGGAUUCCCCUACCGCGUCUCCCCCUCCCUCAGCCGCCAAGGUGACCACCACCGCGGGGCAAACAGCCCCGACCGCUCUGGAACAGCUGGACAAAGAGCAGAUCAGAAAGGCUGUGGAAGUUCUGUUCGCGCACUCCAAGUCCAGAAAAAAAAAUAAUGAAUUGCUUUUGAAUGAGAACGAGAAUUUAUUUUUAAUGGUGAUAUUAUGGAAAAUUCCAGAGAAAGAGCUUCGGGUCAGAGUGUCUUUGCCUCAUAGUAUUCUAUCAGAUUCAUCAGAAGUCUGUUUGUUUACCAAAGAUGAUUGUGAAUCACCUGAGCAGACAGAAGGUUUCUAUAAAAAGCUUUUGAAAAAGCAUGGCAUUAACACUGUUUCUCAGAUUAUUCCUUUUAAAACUUUAAAAACAGAAUACAAAGCCUAUGAAGCCAAGCUCCGUCUCCUGGGUAGCUUUGACAUCUUCAUUACUGAUGAAAGAAUUAGACGGCAUUUGCCCUCACACAUAGGAAGGCAUUUCUAUCAGAGGAAGAAAGUUCCAGUACCUGUAAACCUUUUGGCCAAGAACCUGUCCAAAGAGAUUGAUCGCUGUGUCACAGGGACCGUCUUAAAUAUCUCCAAACAUGGUUCUUGCAGUACUGUGCGUAUUGGUCACACUGGAAUGAAGACUCAGCACAUCGUUGAAAACAUCCUGACUGUCUCAGAAAUGCUUUCAGUAAAAUUGCCAGAGAAAUGGCCGAGUGUGAAACUCUUGUUCCUGAAAACUGAGAAGUCGGUUUCUCUGCCCAUCUUUUCCUCGUUUGUCUCAUCUCAGGAUGAAAACACCAUAUCCUUCCGUAGUAUGAAGAGAAAAGAACUAAAGAUAAAAAGAAAGCAUGAAAAAGAAAAGUUGAAGAAGAAAAUAAAAACUUUAAGGAAAAAGUCCAAGAAGGCUCCAUCUCCUUCAACUCAAGAUGACUUAGUGUGUAAAGCCAACAGUCCUCCAGUGAAGGGCCCAAAAUCUGGGAAGAAAAAGAUCAGCAAUGUAAACACACAACCAAAAGUGACAGAAGAGUGUGAAGAAACAAUUCCACAACUGGUACCGAUAGGAGAAACUCUAGAUAAAGAAGAUGUGAAGAUGCAAGAAAAUAUCACAGGGAAAAAAUCUACAAAAAAGAGAUCUGAUCUAAAUAUGCUUCAGGGCAAGAAAAGGAAAGCCCUGCCAGCCGCAGAGACACCAGAAGCUUCAGGAGUUGGGACCUCAGGGAAGAAGCAAAAAAGAGAUGUGAAGGAACUCAGAAAGCCAGAGGCCAAGCUCUUUGCUCCCAGGAAAUCUGUAAAGAAAGCUUAUAACAUACCAAAAGACCAAAACCCCUAG